AUGCCGGGGCCCCCGUCAGUGGCUGUGGCCGCCCCCCCCCCCGCCCACCGGGAGCAGGGUGCGGAGGACCCGUGUGCCCAUCAGCCCGGCUGGGUCGCAGCUUUGGCUCCAGUCCUGUUAGAGGGCGGUGCCCACCCAGGUGGACUUCCUUUCCCAUCUCAGGCAUUUGUAAGCGUCACCAACGAAGAGACCAUCUCGGUGUGGUGUUACACGUGUGCCAAUUUGUUGUUGUUCCUGCCCGCGCUUUGCGUGUUCGCGCGACACCUGCUUUCGGGCCUGGAUGCCCCGCUGGGCCAGCACGUGGAGGCAUUUUGCCCUCGGAGGACCACGGUGGUCCCCCUGCUGCCCCCAGGGACUGACCUCGGAGGAGACGGACGGAAGCCGGCAUCCAGACCAAAGCAUUUACUGGUGUUUAUUAAUCCGUUUGGAGGGAAAGGACAAGGCAAGCGGAUAUAUGAAAGGAAAGUGGCCCCACUGUUUACCUUAGCGUCCAUCACCACCGAAAUAAUCGUCACCGAACGUGCUAAUCAGGCCAAGGAGAGCUUAUACGAGAUCAACAUAGAUAAAUACGACGGGAUUGUCUGCGUUGGUGGAGACGGCAUGUUCAGCGAGGUCUUGCACGGCCUGAUUGGCAGGACACAGAGGAACGCCGGCGUGGACCAGAACCAGCCCCGGGCAGCCCUGGUGCCCAGCCCACUCCGGAUCGGCAUCAUCCCCGCGGGGUCCACGGAUUGUGUGUGUUUUUCCACGGUCGGCACGAAUGACGCGGAGACAUCAGCUUUGCACAUCAUCGUGGGGGACUCACUGCCCAUGGACGUGUCCUCGGUUCACCACAACAGCACGCUGCUGCGCUACUCCGUGUCCCUGCUGGGCUAUGGCUUCUACGGGGACGUCAUCAAGGACAGUGAGAAGAAGCGGUGGAUGGGGCUCAUCAGAUACGACUUCUCAGUGUCUUUCCUGCCAGCGCGGCACACAGUGGGGUCUCCCAGGGACAGGAAACCCUGCCGUGCCGGAUGCUUCGUGUGCAGGCAGAGCAAACAGCAGCUGGAGGAGGAGCAGAAGAGGUCGUUGUACGGUCUGGAGAACACCGAGGAGGUGGAAGAGUGGAAGGUCGUCUGCGGGAAGUUCCUGGCCAUCAACGCCACCAACAUGUCCUGUGCUUGUCCCCGGAGUCCCCAGGGCCUGUCCCCGGCCGCCCACCUGGGGGACGGGUCUUCCGACCUCAUCCUCAUCCGGAAGUGCUCCCGGUUCAACUUCCUGAGGUUUCUCGUCAGGCACACGAACCAGUACGACCAGUUUGACUUCGCUUUUGUCGAAGUCUAUCGCGUCAGGAAAUUCCAGUUUGUAUCGAAGCACGUGGAGGACGAGGACAGCGACCUCAAGGAGAGGGGGAAGACGCGCUUCGGGCAGAUCUGCAGCAACCACCCCCCCUGCUGCUGCUCUGUGUCCAACAGCUCGUGGAACUGUGACGGGGAGGUCCUGAGCAGCUCCGCCAUCGAGGUCCGGGUCCACUGCCAGCUGGUUCGUCUCUUUGCACGAGGAAUCGAGGAGAAUCCUAAGGAAGAGUCACAGAGCUGA